AUGGCGGGGAGCUUCACAAGCGCGAGAGAUGCGAUGCGAUGGAGGGCUCGGGAAGGGAGGCAGGAUUUGGAGCGAGGCGGCGUCGAGGGAAAAGAAGCGGCCGGGGUUGGAUUCGGAUUCGGGGCAGCCGCGGCGGAUCGGCUCCUGCUUGCCAGGUCUGUCCACUUAUUUUUAUUGUCCAGGCCAGGCACUCCUUCCAGACAGGUGCUGUGUGUGGUGCGGUGCGGACGGACGCGCCUGCCUCUUGUUGGUGUCGGCUCGGGCGGUAGGAGCAACCGGGGGCUCUUGCUGCUUCUCCAAUUCCUUAGGAGUCAAGACUCGAGAGUACCGAGGAGUACCGAGUACCGAAAGUAG